UUUUUAUUAAUGUUACUGAUACCAAGCAUUGACCUUAUGCAAGAGAUCUGUGAUAACAGAAUUACAUAAAGACUGGCAUUAACAUAUUUAAUAGAAAACUGCCUAGAGUGUUUCUAAUCUAAAGUUUUUUAACUUUGUUUUCUUUUGUCUCCUAGCAGCAACGAGGUACAUGUUUCUGUGUGAGUUUGUGGUGUGUGAUUCUCAGUACUUUUGGCUGAUGAUACACGGGGCAACUUUUUGAGCAAUGUUGCCAUCAACAGAUAACAGAUGAGAGACACAGGGCACAUGACUGAUCUAAAGUAUCCAGAUAAAAAUAUGUUACCCAUUCUCAAUGGGAAAGUGCCCAAGCAACAUUGCUCAAAAAAGGUGUGCCUUAGUGUCUGAUGUUUUCUCUGUAAAAGAAAUAUGGUGUUUAUAAUAACUAGUGUUUUAAAAUUGGUUCAGAUUUUCAAUUGUUUUCAGAUCUAAAUUCAGUCUAAAUUCAAUUCGUUUUCAGUUCAAAAUUUGUGGUGUAGUUCAGCCUUAAAGGGUUAGUUUACUAAUUACUCACCCUCAUGCGGUUCCAAACCCGUAAGACCUUCGUUCAUCCUCAGAACACAAUUUAAGAUAUUUUUUAUGAAAUCCGAGAGCUUUCUGAAGCUCCAUAGAGAGCAAUGCAACUUAAAUGUUCCCAGACCCAGAAAGGUAGUAAGGACAAUUAGGGGCGAUAUUCAUCAGUCAGCUUUCACUGAAAUUCAGCAUUUAGAUUGAAGACCCAUCCUAGAAGGAAAAUGUGCCUGCAGGUCAGAAUAUUUUGACAUUUAACAGACAACCGACGCCAUACCUCUCCAAUGAGACAAGUUACAGCUUAUUCUUUCUCUGUGGAGUGUCUCUUUUUGCACUGCCCUCCCUCCCUUAAAUGUAUUUAAACAGCGAUCUUUAGUCUCUCGCCCUGCCUGCACUCUCUGCUCGGUUCAGACUCUGAUCCUUCAGUGCUCAUCCAUAGCUGUUCAUCAUGGCUUUGUCCAUUUCCUUUGCCCCUUCCCGGAUGUCUGGGGGAUAUGGAGGGUUUGGUGCAAGUGGUGGAGCAAGACUGGGUCUGGGGCUCGGGGGUGGUGCUGGCUUAGGUGGAGGUCUUGGGAUGGGAGGAGGACUGGGCUUUGGAGCUGGUGGAGGUCUCGGCCUCGGCCUUGGCCUUGGUGGAGGUGCAGGAGCUGGCGCAGGAUUGGCACUGGGUGGUGGUGGCGGUGGUACACUGAUUGCCAGUCCUGCAUUCGCAAUGGGUCGCGCCGUUGCUGCAGGAGGACUUGGUGGAAGCGCCGCGUUCGCUGCUGGUCCAUCAGGUGCUGCUGUGGCCCCGUUACUAUCCAGAGCAGCUGAAAAGCACACACUCUCUGGGCUGAAUGACCGCUUUUCCACGUACAUGGCCAAAGUACGGGCGCUACAGCAAGAGAACGCAGCUCUGGAGGCCAAGCUGUCCCAGCUGACUGGGGGGACGGAUGUGUCCCAAGAGUCAUCUGUGACUGCCACGGUGGAGUAUGAGGCCCAGCUGAGUGAAUAUCGCAACACAUUGGAAACUCUCACCAUCGACACUGUUAAACUGGAGAUUGAGCUGGACAAUGUUCGUGGAACUGCCCAUGAACUGAAGGCUAAGCUUGACUUUGAACAAGGAGUGAAGUUCCAACUUGAGUCUGACAUUGCUACCAUGAAAAAGGAUGUAGAAUUGGCCUCUGACCUAAGAAUUGAUUUGGAUGCCAAAUACUCCAGCCUGAAAAAUGAACUGGACUUUGUUAACAAAACACAAGAGGAGGAACUGUCAUCUUUGCAAUCUAAACUGGGCACAACAACAAUGGACACUUCAGUCUCAAUGAUUGAAGUAGACACUGGGAAGUCCUUUGACAUCUCUGUAGCUCUCAACAAGAUACGAAUGGAAUAUGAGAAAUCUGUGCAGCAACACAGAGAGGAGGCUGAGGCGUAUUACAAACUCAAGAUGGAUGAGAUUCAGACGACCAAUGCCAAAAACACAGAGGCCGUAUCGUUGACUAAAGCUGAGAUCACGUCAGCCAGGAAAGAGCUGCAGACGCUGAAUUUAGAGCUUCAAGGGCUUGUGGCUGCAAACAUGUCUCUGGAGCAGAGUUUAGCAGAGGCCCAGGCCCAGUCCAGUGUGGGUGUUGCUGAAUACCAGGCACAGAUCGCCAGCCUCACAUCAGCCAUAGAGGUGGCUAAAGUAGACCUCCACAAACAGAUCCUGGCCUACCAAGAGCUGCUGGACAUCAAACUCGCCCUGGACGUUGAGAUCUCCACCUACAGAAAAUUGCUGGAAGGAGAUGACUUCAAGGUGCCUGAGUUUACAGAGUCGUCCUACACUUUUUCAGCUGGUCAAAUAAAGGUUAAAGAAAUUAUUACAGAGACAUCAGUCAUCUCCGAUGCAGAUGAUACUGAAUCCUCUUGAAUGCUGGGAUGCAUCCAGUCAAUGCAUCCUCGAUGAAUGCAGACCCCCCCAGCCCAAAUGUGAGGAGUCUCAUCCUUGUUUCUCC